AUGUCGAAAACCGAGGAAGGUCGUAAGAAAGGGGAAAAGCUGAAUCCAAAGGGGGCCGUACUAAUAGACGAACUACCAGAUAAUGCUUUUGAAAACGAGAAUGAGCGUUCUAUAACGAUCACAAAGGCACCAACUGUAAGAGUGGUGCCGCCUCUGAACUUUUGCCCAGUUGAGAGAAACCUUUAUCGAUCUGGACAGCCUUCAGCGUUGAACCAUUCUUUUCUAGAACAGCUCAAUUUAAAGUCAAUUAUAUGGUUGGCCAUUGAAGAUCCUCAAGACAACUUUCUGAAAUUUAUAGAGGACAAUAAGAUCAACUUUUUUUGUGAUCUGGGAUAUGAUUCGAUGGAUUCCAACUCAUGGGAUGGACUUUCUGAGGCUUCGAUCAAACAGGCUCUUGAGAUUAUAGUCGAUAAGCGUUCUCAUCCAUUAUUAGUGUGCUGUGGUAUGGGACGUCAUAGAACGGGGACUGUGAUAGGCUGUCUUAGGAAAUUACAAGGCUGGAAUUUAGCCAGUGUUAGUGAAGAGUACCGUCGGUUUACGGGACCCAAAGGAAGUCGAAUUAUGGUGGAAUUAUUGAUUGAGGCUUUUGAUGUCAGUACAAUUAAGAUAAAUAAGGAUUAUGCUCCUGAUUGGCUAUUGCGCUGA